AUGAAGCUGUUUGGUUAUUCAGUGACCGCUAGUGCCGAACCCAGCUUGGGUGCGCCAUGUGCGAACCACAUCAAGAGAUUCCAGUGCCAAUUUUGCGGCCGUGAGUUCGCCAAUUCUCAAGCCCUCGGCGGCCACCAGAACGCCCACAAGCGCGAGCGCCAGCUCGCCAAACAACUCCUCCCUCGUAAUUUUUUCACUCCCACGCCGCCGCCCUCCGCCGCCGGAAGAUCUCCUCCGCCAAAUUAUGAAAUGCCGGUGGAAGCGCCGCCCUCGGUUGGCGGCGGUGAAAUUAACGGCGAAAAUAAUGGCGUUGAUCUCCAUCUCAGUCUCGCACCGUCCUCGACCAGGAUCUUCUCUUAA